AUGAAAAUAGGUUCUUCUAUAAUGCUCUUAAGAAACCUUGAUGCCCACAGUCUCUGCAAUGGAACAGGGUUUGUUGCUAAAGCAAUCAUGCGCCAUCAGCUGGAAGCAACGAUAGUUACAGGCAACAUGAUGUGUGAAAAUGUCUUCAUUCCAAGGAUACCUCUCAUCUCAUAUGAUCUCCCUUUUCAGUUCAAAAGACUGCAGUUUCGUGUCAAACUGAGCUUUGCAAUGUCUAUCAACAAAGCACAAGGUCAAUCUCUAAAGGUGGUGGGACUUAACCUUCUUCAGCCAUGCUUCUCACCAGGUCAGCUGUAUGAUGGAUGUUCCAGAGUUGGAGAUGAAGAGAACCUCUACAUUCUCAGUGAUAAACUAGAAAGACAUAGUAUAUAA